AUGGAAGGGUUGGAGGAGUUUAGUAGCCUUUCUGGUCUUAUCCCAAAUCCUAGUAAAAGCAAUAUGUAUUUCUCUGGUUGUAACAACAAUCUUAGGGAGGAUCUUCUCCGUGUUGCUAAGUUUAUUGAGGGGACUUUACCUGUCAAGUACCUUGGUGUCCCUCUUACCACAACUAAGUUCAACGCGUCUGAUUGCCAACAGCUUAUUGAUAAGAUGAUGCCAGAAUCAAAAGUCAUUAAGGAGAUUGAUAGUCUCCUGAGAGCUUUCCUUUGGUCUGGUACUGAGCUUAAAUAUCAUAGUGCUAAAAUAUCCUGGGAUAAAGUUUGUGCACUUAAAUCUGAAGGUGGUCUUGGUUUCAAGUCUCUUGGGGUAAAUGCUUCUGGAGACUUAAAGUUCCUAAUGAUCAAUCUUGGGUUUGGAGGAAGAUUCCAUCUCUUAGACCUGUCAUUCACCCUCUGA